AUGGCAGGAGCGUCUGACGAAGAUACUUGGAGAAUUAGAGACGAGCCAGACAAAAAGGACGACGACAGAUUCUUCGGCCUCCGAGAUCAGCCCUGUUUCGAAAGUUUUCGGAUUCAACGUGACAGCUACGGACACAAGUACACACGCAGACACACACGAAGCACGAAUAUACGCGCGGUUUCUUUCCAGAGCGAUACAUCGAGUGAUGAAAGCGAUUCCCCUCUAACCUUCCCUGAAAAGACCAGUAAGGCGUCUCGCUUCCAAGUUACCCGGAAAAAUAGACUCAAACCAGACCACCUUCGAGAUCAGACUCAUUUCGAAACUUUACAGAACUCUACAUCAAGCGAUGAAAGCGAUUCCCCUCUGACCUUCACUGAAAAGACCACUAGGGCGUUUCGUUUCCAAGGUGCCCGGAAAAAUAGACACAAACCAGACCACCUUCGAGAUCAGACUCAUUUCGAAACUUUACAGAGCUCUACAUCAAGCGAUGAAAGCGAUUCCCCUCUGACCUUCCCUGAAAAGACCAGUAGGGCGUUUCGUUUCCAAGACUACACAGGUACCCGGAAAAAUAGAUACAAGCCAGACAAAGAGGACGAUGGAGAUCAGAAUCCUUUGGAAAGUUUACAGAUUCAACAUCGCUGCCACGGACACACUUACACACGCAGACAUGCGCGAAGCUCGAAUAUAGGCUUGUUUUCUUUCCAGAGCUCUUCAUCGAGCGAUGAAAACGAUUUCCCUCUGACCUUCCCUGAUAGGACCAGCAAGGAGUUUCGUUUCCAAGAUACUUGGAGAAUUAGAGACGAGCCAGACAAAAAGGACGACGACAGAUUCUUCGGCCUCCGAGAUCAGCCUUGUUUCGAAAGUUUUUGGAGCUCUACAUCGGGUGAUGAAAGUGAUUCCCCUCCGCCCGUCCAAGACCAUUUCUUGGAUGACUUACUUUGGACUGGAGUCAAAGGUACAAAAUGGCCAAAUCGCACCUACCUCAUCGCUUCUAUAAAAUCCAGUUAUGGAGAAGGCAUUUUCAAUAAGCGCUUCGUAAACAUACCUUCUAUGAAAGAUGCAGAAGCAGUAAUGCUUUGCGAUGAUGACUUUGGUGACGCAGUAGCUGUUCAUCAUGAUAUUGAAAUCACUCUGACUUUAAACUACUCACCCUGUAGUAAGUGUGCAAAUAAAUUACGAGAUUUUUAUGAAAAUCACAGAAAUAUCAGAAAUCUCAUCAUCCAGUUUUCAUUCUUAUAUCGUAUACGUGAAGAAAAAAAUCAACAUGGCCUCCGAAACCUAAGGGAAGCAGGUAUAACCUUACAAGCUAUGAAUGCAAACUCGUGGCGUGAAAUUGGAGUUGACCUUGAGUCUAUGGCUUCCUCGGAUGUAGAUAGAAUAACGGAAAGAGACGAAGACACAGAAGAUAUGCUAAAUAAAGUGCUCUUUACAUAUGAAAGCGAGCAAGAUCAAGACACCUCUGAUGAUGAUGAUGACUUGUCUUCACGAUUCCACUCGCACUUAAUAAUGACAGAUUAGAGAAAAAGUACUCUUGGGAUAAUUUAGAGAAAGUGCUAGUGGUGGUAAGUGUAAUAUGUCGGUUAUUGAUCUCAGUUACACUAACCUGAUGUUAUAGUUAUAUAUA